GCUGGGCCGCUGUGGUCGCGAGGGGUCCCAGCGGGAAGCGACAGCCCAUUGCGCGGCCUCCGUCGCGGGAGGGGAAGGGGAGCGAGGGUUCCUUCCUAUGUGACGGUUUCCAUUCUGCGAGAGGAGGCGGCGUCCGGGCUUGGCCUUCGCCCUGCGCGCGAGGGCUGCGGUGUUGAGGAUGAGCGGGGAAGAGAACCCGGCCAGCAAGCCCACGCCUGUGCAGGACGUGCAGGGCGACGGGCGCUGGAUGUCUCUGCACCAUCGAUUUGUGGCCGACAGCAAAGACAAGGAACCAGAAGUUGUCUUCAUCGGGGACUCCUUGGUCCAGCUAAUGCACCAGUGUGAGAUCUGGCGGGAGCUCUUCUCUCCUCUGCACGCACUUAACUUUGGCAUUGGUGGGGACAGCACACAGCAUGUACUCUGGCGGCUGGAGAAUGGGGAGCUGGAACACAUCCGACCCAAGAUCGUGGUGGUCUGGGUGGGCACCAACAACCACAGCCACACAGCAGAGCAGGUGACGGAUGGCAUCAGAGCCAUUGUACAACUUGUGAACAAGCUGCAGCCCCAGGCACGGGUGGUUGUCCUGGGCCUGCUUCCAAGGGGCCAGCACCCCAACCCACUUCGGGAGAAAAACCGACAGGUAAACGAGCUGGUACGGGCAGCAUUAGCUGGCCACCCCCGAGCCCACUUCUUAGAUGCAGACCCUGGCUUUGUGCAUUCUGACGGCACCAUAAGCCACCAUGACAUGUAUGAUUACCUACAUCUGAGCCGCUUGGGGUACACACCUGUUUGCCGGGCCCUGCACUCCUUGCUUCUUCGUCUCCUGGCUCAAGACCAGGGCCAAGGUGUCCCUCUGCCAGAGACCACACCCUGAGCAUCUCUCCUUCCCAUGACAUUAAAUUCUCCUUCUGCUUGUUUCUUGCUUUA